UGUCUAGUCGUAGGACAACAACCACAACAUCCAUCCGCACCCGAAGAAUUUGUCCACUCAUUUAGUCAUUUGAAUUUAACUCAGACACUCUAUUUCCCACGAGAGAAAAGUUGGCCAGCAUUUUUUCUUUCUUCCACCUCUACAAUUUCCUAAUUGAAGAGGACAAGUUAUUGGUCGGAAAAAAGGACAUUCUCGCUGUGGAGGAGACAUAGUGGUGAAAUCUGUUGAAUAGCUGUGCAAAGAGAAGAUCCAUAUUUUCCAAUUAAAAUUGAAGUGACUGAAACAGACAAUAACUCGAGAGUUCUUUCGUGGAGAGUGCAUCAGGAUUGAGAGCUUUCCAGAUUUGCGCUAAGAGACUGCAGUUGGUGAAAUAUAUCAACAAAUUCAAUUAAACAAGUGUCAAUUUCCAGUCACACAAGAAUGCGUCCAAUUCUCAUCCCGCUGUUUCUCCUCGGUGGCUUCUGCGUCGCAGUCUUUGCCACGAGCGAUGCCCUCAAUGACCGCGAAGACUUCAAUCUCAACGCACUCCUGCAGCCCAGUGGCCCUGGCAACGCAAUCCCGCUGCGAGACCUAGAAACACUCGUGGACAAGAAGGCGGACCGCUACGUCUUUGGCCUGGGCAGGAGAUCCGAUCCGUACGCUUCAGCCGCCGAGUCCUCCGGCGGCACCAUCAAGCGACUCCCCAUGUACAACUUCGGACUGGGCAAGCGAGCCCGACCCUAUGCUUUUGGCCUGGGUAAGCGAAGCGGCGGCGACGAGGAGGAGUACCAAGACGCUGUUGACGCUUACGAGUCAUGGCCAAUGAUGUAUCCUGUUGCCGAGAAGCCUGACGCAUUGGACAUCAAGAGAGGUCGACCAUACAGCUUCGGACUGGGCAAGCGGUACAUCAUGACGAAAAAUGCUGAACCCGUGGAGAGAAGAUCAGCUUCGCGUUACAAUUUCGGCCUUGGUAAGCGUUAGAUAAAAAACACCCAACAUUAACGAGUAAAGAGAAGUGUAAUAUUUGGAAGGAACAGAGAGAAAUAAGAUCAUUAAACUAUCUGUAUUGUCGUUUAAUUUUUACCUCUCCUCGAUGGCUUGUUUUAAGUAGAGACAAAAACUUGUCACAUCUGUCUUCGACAGUAUUUGUUUAUCAAAAAUGAACUAUUAUGAAGCAAAGUGAACAUGAAUUAUAUCUUAAAGUGUCCAUUUUACUGCUCAUUGAGAUGAAAAUAGGAAUAUUGAGAAUUUUCUUCCUCAGCCUCUCAGUGACUGUCAAGUUGCUGGUGAAGAGAAAAUCUUUGUAAACAUAUUCCCCUCUUAAUUAUAACAAAAAAAUAUUUGUAAAAUUAUCGUAGUUGUAUCAUAAUAACAAAAGAAAAAAAAUUGUGUUUCAAAGUCUUUUAUGUCUGAGCCAAAAGUGAAAAUUGUGUCAUUCUAAGAAAAAGGUAUUAACUUAAAAAUUCUUAAUCGCAGAAUAAAUUAAUCAAGAAGAAAAAAAACACAACCAUAUUAUUAUCUGUAAAAACAAAUAGUGACAAAGAAUAUCUUACAGAAGAAAAACAUGAAAAAAUUUAUUUAAUAACCAUUUAAUCCUAAUGUUAAAUUUAGAUUACAAUGCAGAAGGUGGAAUAAUAUUAUUAAAGAUCAUACUGCAAAGAAUAUAAAUUCAAUAAAGUUA